AUGCAUUAUUUCACAUACUUCAAUCGGACUGAUGCUGAAUUGCAUGGCUAUUGGAAAGCUUGCAAGGUACUGCUCAUCACGGAAAUUGCUUUGCUGCUAAUAAGCCACAUCUACUAUAUCAUGACUACCUACAUGAUGGUAAAGGGGAUGCGUUAUCAGAAGAAUCUUCGAAUUCUUUGGGUCAUGUGUAGCAUCCAGUAUUUAUUCAGCAUUAUGGAUCGGGUUCUUCAAAUUGGAAUUACGCUUUUUGAUAUCGAAGGAAGUCAUCCUUCAUUGGCUUUUGUGUACUCAUCGUAUAUGAGAGCGUUCUGCAUACAUAUAGGUUUGUUGAUUUAUACUGAUUCAUUUUUUGUUAUUUUUUUGAAGGUUUGGGAUUCCUUUCUGCCUUUUGUGGCCCAACCGCACGUUGUUCCCAUUCCAUGA